AGUCAUCUCAUUAUUCACAGUGACAUGUAACGCCGGAAAAAUAACAGCUGUAACGUUCUUGUCUUUCUUUCUUUCUUUUUAAUAAUAGGACUAGACAAGACACACCCAGGUUAUAAUUUUAGGAUCUUUUUGGAAAGGCUGUAGCAGGACCUUCCACCCACGUGCUAAAGUAGGCUACAAAGAGUUCAGGCCUUUAGGUUGUCUGACACUGUUUGGAGAGGCCUCAGUUAUCUGUCACUGUGUUUGCUUUGAAAUGGAGACUCAUAUCGAGAGGGACUCUCAUGGGACUCACUUACUUGCUCCUCCUACUCUUCUAAAUCCUUACCCAGCACUUCUGUAAAUCAAUCUGAACUGUACAGUGAGAGGGGUCAGACCGCCAGAGAACCUUAAGCAAGAUGGAGGAAUCCACCGGCAGAUUAACCAAGAAAAAAGUUGUAGUGGUGGGUGGAGGGUUGGUUGGGGCACUGAAUGCCUGCUUCUUUGCCAAAAGAGGCUUCGAUGUGGAAGUCUUUGAAACUCGGGAAGAUAUCCGGCAAGCCAAAGUCGUGAAGGGAAGAAGCAUCAACCUGGCUUUGUCUCACAGGGGCCGGCAAGCAUUGAAGCAUGUUGGGAUGGAGGAGAAGAUUGUCUCCAAGGGGAUCCCCAUGCAUGCAAGAAUGAUCCAUGCCCUAAGUGGGAAACAGUCUCCGAUCCCUUAUGGAAAGAAAGGCCAGUUCAUCCUGUCAGUAGACCGAGCCAAUCUGAACAAAGAGCUGCUAACAGGUAAGAACAUUAAUAGUUUCUUUCUAUUGCAGUGUUAUCACUGCACACAAUUUUGUCGGGACUUUCUGACUGACAAGACAUUUACCUGUACCCUUUUCAUGCCCUUUGACGAGUUUGAGAAGAUCAACACAGGAGAUGAAGUCAUUGAGUUUUUCCAGAAAUAUUUCCCUGACACCAUACCACUAAUUGGAGUUGAUGCUCUCAAGACGGAUUAUUUCCGAUUGCCUGGGCAGGCCAUGGUGUCUGUUAAGUGCUCCCCAUAUCACAUUGGAGACAAAUGUGUCCUCAUGGGCGAUGCUGCCCACGCAGUGGUGCCUUUCUACGGGCAGGGGAUGAAUGCUGGUUUUGAGGACUGCAUUGUCUUUAAUGAAAUAAUGGAUCAGCUCAAUGAGGAUUUCAGUGCUGUACUGGCUGAGUAUACCAGAGUGCGAGUUCCAGACGAUCACGCGAUUGCAGACCUGGCCAUGUACAACUACGUUGAAAUGCGAGCCCAUGUCAACAGCAAAUGGUUCCUUUUCAGAAAACAUGUUGAUAACUUCCUCCACUUCCUCCUGCCACAUACAAUAAUUCCACUUUACACAAUGGUCACUUUCACUAGGACAAGGUACCAUGAAGCCGUGGACCGCUGGCAUUGGCAAGACAAAGUGAUAAACCGUGGCCUGCUGGUCAGUGCUACAGGAGCUGUUUUGGGAGGUUCCUACCUGCUUAUUAAAAAUCCUCCUGAUAUCAACAAGCUCAUCAUUCCUGCUGGGAAAAUGUGGGACAGGCUCGUUGCCCUGUUGACCUCCUGAGCACUGAUUCUGAUCUGACAGACAACUGCAGGAUCCACAUUUUAAUCAGAGUUUGAUGGAAUUGUCUAAUAACCAAUGAAGGCUCUGCCUGCCUGGCAAAUGAAUGCCAGUUAAUAAUGACUGUCCUAACCUAAGUAAUACUAGUCAUAAUGAUUCAUAAUAAGAUUUUAUAACAUUUAAUCGCUGUUAACCUGAUAAUGGUUUGACUGGAGGAGCUCAGAUUGUUUGAUUAUUUCCAUGACAGAAUGUCAGUAUUAAACUCACAGACAGGGGACAAGGUACAUGCUGUAUGAGUUUAUAUAAAUGCUUUUACAUGAAUUGCUAAUAAAUGUUGCCUCCGCUCA